AUGUUUGCGCUACCAAAAGAAGCAGAGCAAAAAAUAGAAAGAAACAAAGUUCUUUUACAGAUGCUAAGAGAGCGCGCCUUAGAGAUACAGGUGGUCUCAACCCUAGAUGAAGAGUACAUCGCCUCCAUGAAGAUACUUUUGGAGCUGCGCAGCAUAUUUCAAAAGCAGCUGCCAAACAUGCCAAAGGAGUAUGUGGCCAGGCUGCUGUUCGAUAUCAAGCACAAGUCAAUGGCCAUUAUAGACAAAAAAGAGGGCCGGGUCAUUGGAGGCAUAUGCUACCGGCUGUUCUACGACCAGUCCUUUGCAGAAAUUGUGUUUUGCGCUGUAAACAGCGACUCUCAAAUUAAAGGGUACGGGGAGUUUAUGAUGACCAUGCUCAAAAAAACUGUUCUUGCGGACUUCAAGGAAAUUGCCAGGGGAGAGGGCACAGAGUUUGACGGGCCUGUCUAUCUGCUAACGUACGCUGACAACUAUGCAAUAGGGUAUUUCAAGAAGCAGGGCUUUACAAAGGACAUCACGUUUUUGAACUGGAGGGGCCGGAUAAAGGACUACGAGGGCGGAACUCUGAUGCAGGGGAAAAUUCUGCCCAGAAUAGACUACGAGUGCGUGUACGACAGCAUGCUUGCGAGAAGAGAAGAGCUGCAGGAGAUAUCGAAGAAGCGGUUUCCAGAAAUGCACAAAGAGUAUGUCCUCCCAGAGAACGCCGCGCGCGUGCAGGAUAUUCCUGGGCUUGCCGAGGCAGGGUUUACAGAGGAGACGGAAAAGUCUUUGGAGUGCAAGGGAAGCCUGAAAGAGCUUCUUCUUUACCUGUGCUACGAGCUGCGCAAACACAACACCGCCUGGCCUUUCCUGGAGCCUGUAAACCUGGACGACGUGCAGGACUACUACACCGUCAUAAAGCGCCCCAUGGACCUGCAGACCAUUCAGAGGAAAAUAGAAACAGAGCAGUACAAAACGUUUGACGAAAUGGACGCAGACAUACAGCUUAUUAUAAGCAACUGCUACACAUACAACCCCCCGGGCUCGCAGUACUCGAAGUGCGCAAAGUCCCUCAACGAGUUCUACCAAGACAAGGUGCAGUGGUGCAGAAAGGCGCUGUCUCAGCGACGAUAA